UUUUUUGUGGUUUACAUACAGCUUUCAGAAAUAUUCCUUAUUUAGCCGUUAGUCGUAUGAGGAUGAUUGACGAGCCAUUUUCUGUGUUUUGAAAAUAAUCUACGUUCUUUGGAUAUUAGGGCCUUGGAUAGGUUUCAGGUUGGUGGACGUCACUGUUGUAGAUAGUUAAGUUUUCUGCUUCUGAAAUCUCCUCGCAACUGUACCCUGUAUGGCCUGAUACAGGAGAUUUCAUCUGAAUUUGAAACGUAGCCGAAAAGGUCUUCUUUUACGUACACUAAUUCUUUACAAUUUAUAGUUACAGGUGCUACCAAGGUAGUUAAAAUGGUUUUGGCCGAUUUGGGAAGGAAAAUAACUUUGGCGUUGCGCUCACUGAGCAACGCCACUAUCAUAAAUGAAGAGGUUUUAAAUGCUAUGCUGAAAGAGGUGUGUGCUGCCCUUCUGGAAGCUGAUGUUAACAUCAAACUGGUAAAGCAGCUCAGGGAAAAUGUCAAGGCAGCCAUUGACCUGGAGGAGAUGGCCUCCGGUUUGAACAAGAGGCGGAUGAUUCAGCAUGCAGUUUUCAAAGAGCUUGUCAAGCUGGUGGACCCAGGAGUCAAGGCAUGGACUCCAACAAAAGGGAAAAAUAACGUCAUCAUGUUUGUGGGACUUCAAGGCAGCGGGAAAACCACCACAUGCUCAAAGCUGGCCUACUACUACCAAAGAAAAGGUUGGAAGACCUGUUUGAUAUGUGCUGAUACAUUCAGAGCUGGUGCUUUUGAUCAACUGAAGCAAAAUGCUACCAAAGCCAGAAUUCCUUUCUAUGGAAGUUAUACUGAAAUGGACCCUGUUGUCAUUGCUGCUGAGGGUGUUGAAAAAUUCAAGACAGAGAACUUUGAAAUAAUUAUUGUGGACACGAGCGGUCGACACAAACAGGAGGAUUCUCUCUUUGAGGAGAUGCUUCAGGUUUCCAAUGCAGUGCAACCCGACAACAUUGUAUACGUCAUGGAUGCCUCUAUUGGCCAGGCUUGCGAAGCCCAAGCAAAGGCCUUCAAAGACAAAGUCGAUGUGGCGUCUGUGAUUGUGACUAAGCUGGAUGGGCAUGCCAAAGGUGGCGGUGCUCUUAGUGCGGUGGCUGCAACUAAAAGUCCCAUCAUCUUCAUCGGUACUGGCGAGCACAUCGAUGACUUUGAACCUUUCAAGACGCAGCCAUUCAUCAGCAAGUUGCUGGGUAUGGGAGACAUAGAGGGUUUGAUAGACAAGGUGAAUGAGCUGAAGUUGGAUGACAAUGAGGAGCUGAUUGACAAGCUGAAACAUGGUCAGUUCACGUUGAGAGACAUGUAUGAACAAUUUCAGAACAUCAUGAAAAUGGGGCCUUUUAGCCAGAUUAUGGGAAUGAUCCCCGGUUUUGGUACUGACUUCAUGAGCAAAGGCAAUGAGCAGGAAUCCAUGGCCAGGCUGAAGAAGCUCAUGACAAUCAUGGACAGCAUGAAUGACCAAGAACUGGACAACAAAGAUGGUGCCAAACUGUUCAGCAAGCAGCCCAGCCGGGUGCAGCGAGUGGCCCGGGGGUCCGGUGUGGCCACGCGUGACGUGCAGGAGCUGCUGACACAGUACACCAAGUUCGCCCAAAUGGUGAAGAAGAUGGGUGGCAUUAAGGGACUCUUCAAAGGAGGAGACAUGUCCAAGAAUGUCAACCCAUCUCAGAUGGCGAAGCUGAAUCAUCAGAUGGCCAAGAUGAUGGACCCCAGGGUUCUACACCACAUGGGUGGUAUGGCUGGCCUGCAGUCCAUGAUGAGGCAGUUUCAACAGGGGGCAGCUGGCAAUAUGAAAGGAAUGAUGGGAUUCAACAACAUGUGAACAUCAACCUUAAAUUUCACUUUAAAUAAAAUGUAGUGAGCAGCAAAUCAGUUGGUACCCAUUUUUAAAAGAUUGUUACCCCAUCUUUGUGAAUAUAUGCGCAAAGUAACCCAUUACCUUGCUAAUUACCUGCGAUUACUAUAGUAAUUGACAGAGGCAUUCAUGAAUGGGGUUUGAAGAUGGUUGACCAUGUUUUAAAAAUGAUCUCCCUUUGGCACAAUUACUGGACAGUAUAGACAGUGUAAAGCUAUCUAGUAUCUAAUGUGUGACAAGAUUUUGUCAUGACUUGUAUAAUAAAAUUUGUAUGGCAAAUUUUAAAGUUUACUUUUUCUCUCACGCCCUUUGGUGUGUUAUGAGCAGGGUCAUUAUUUAGGUGUUGACAGUUGUUGCACGGUGUGUUUGACAGGAACAGAAUGCUUGGAUGGUCGUUAAUGUUGUAAUAAAUAUGAUUAAUCAUAAA